AUGGAAAGGGAGAAGACGUCGUGCCGUGCGUGGCUUGUUGUGCUCAGUCUCAACAUCACCUUCACACUCUAUGGAGGUUUAAAUAAAGUCUUCGGUGUACUGAUGCCUGAACUUCGAGAGCAGUUAGCAACGGACACCUGGCUGCUUGGAUGGGUGAUUACCAUGAUUGGGGCCUCGGUGCAGAGCGCGGGCCUUCUGACUGGACCACUUACCAGCAUAUUCAGUGAGCGUGCCAUCUUCACAGCUAGCGCUGUAUCUUCCGUUGCUGGGCUCCUUGGAGCUUUCCUAGCACCUGGGCUCCUUUCCCUUACUCUGUGCGUAGUCUGCCUAACAGGAGCGGGCCUUGGCAUCAUUGUAUGCCUUGCUAAAGCUUUGCUUGGGGCGUACUUCUCUUCGCGGUUGUCAAUGGCCGCUGGUAUAUCAACUACAGGACUCCCACUGAGCUACAUGAUAUUCCCACCACUCGCCCAGUUUCUCCUAGAAGUCUACGGAUGGCGGGGGACGUUGCUGAUCUUUUCUGCUCUUGUAGCUUUCCUUAUUCCCUGCGGCCUUGUGAUGAGGCCUAGGCCGCCCUCUGGUGACAAAAGCUACAAGCCCAUUCCGGCAAACUCAAGCCAACAAACCUCAAGCUCAGAAGACGGACCUCAGCUCUGUGGUUGCGGCCGCUUGCUUGACGUUCUGUGCGAAAAAACCGACUUUGGCCUCUUCAGGAACGUGAUGAUGUGGAGCCAUAUUGUGACUUAUUGCCUGUUUGGAUUUGUCAACAAUUCUUGGGUUAUUUUCAUGGUGCCGUACGCGCAGACCAAAGGUUUCGCGCCGUUCACGGCGACUUCCUUCAGCAUCAUCGCCGGGGUGAGCUCCAUGAUAUCCAACCUCUUGCAGGGCGUGGUGGUAAGCAGACAUAUCUUGUGCACAAGGGUGUUGAUUGCAAUCGGUUCGGCCAUCGGGAGUGCUUCACUAGUUGUCAGCCCGUUACUGCACACAUACGCCCCACUGGCAGUGGCCAUGUCGCUCUACGGCGUUAGUCAUGGAAUACUCUACCCGGGAUUGGUGUGUUUUGUCAUUGAAGAGCAAGGGAAAAGUAGGGCGGCCAAUGCCUUCGGCUGGACGGGAUUCCUGUCCGGACUCUUCAGGUUGUGUUUCGGAUUUUCCACAGGCCUGCUGUACGACUACACUGGAAGUUAUGAUCAUACAUUCAUAUUCCUGGGGACCUUACUGGGAAUUAUGGUCCCCUUCUUUUUCUUGGACAAAAUAAGUGAUUGCUGUAGUCGAAGGAAGGAAUGAUUAAUGCACGUCGAGUGGAUUUCUAUGCGUUCAGUGAACUU